AUGAAGCGCCGCUUGCCGCCGAUGCUGCCAGGGCAGCAGCCGCGGGUGGUGGCGACGGGGGCGCUGGGGGUGGGCCGCAGGCGUCUGUUGGGCUCCGAGCUUCCUCCAGCCUUUGGCAACAGCGGCUUCCGCGGCAGCCUCCACGCGCGCCUUGACAAGGCGCUGGCCGUCGGCUUCGAGGCGGCAUCCAGCCUCGUGGAGAUGCGGAGCGGCACGUCGGGGACGAGCUCCGGCGCUUGUCUCCGCAGCGGCGGCGUCGGGCGCAGAGGCGGUGCGCCCCGCGCUGCGGGACCUGUCAGUGGCGGCGAGGUUGGGCUGGACACGAGGCCAGGUGCUGCGGCACCUGACAGCGGUGCCGAGGUCCGGGAGAUCCAGGAGGUGUACUCCGUGGACGACUGGGAGGCCCACGAGGGCAAGAGGCCCCACGAGGGCACGAAGGCGCUUCCCAGAGGGAAGCGGAUACCGGCGGCCGUGCUUGAGGAGCUGACCCGGGAGGCGCCCGCAGACCCCCGCAGCCAGGAGUUCACAUGCGUGCAGCCUGCCGGGAGGCGAUGUGAGAGCCACGCAGCGCGUGGAUGA